CCAUUGAUUGCUUUCAGGAUUGUUGAUUGGAUAUAUAGCUGUAGGGAAAAAGCAGGUGGCUCCUGUCUGUGCAUCCGCCGUUAGCCUCACAGAACCCUCAGUUCUCCACGAGACCGGCGCUGCCCCCCUGAUGGACUGGGACGAUGUCAAAACCCUCUUUGCUCAGAAAUUAACUGCUGCUAAACUACAAAAUGCCCUCAGUGAGUUUUCUCAAGUCAGCCACCGGGCUGGUUCUCCUGAAGAUGAAUCCCUGGGAAACAAAGUGCUGCAGAGGUUUAAGGGGUACGGUAUGAACACGUGGACGGAUGAGCACUUCAUCAAGGUUCAAGACCCCCCAACGUCUGGAAGUAACAGAGUCGUUUUCAAGAACACGUUAGAGGAGUUUCCAAAGGGAUUCCUGUCCUACAGCAACACUGGAUCAGUAACGGGCGCCGUGCUGUAUGCUCAUUAUGGCCUGGAGGAGGACUUCAGGAAGCUGCGGAGCAGGAACAUCAACAUGAAUGGAAGAGUCAUGCUGGUCAGAGCUGGAAAAAUCAACUUUGCUGAGAAGGUUACCAAUGCUGCUAAAAUGAACGCCUCUGCAGUUUUGAUCUACCCAGACCCAACUGAUUACUCUAUCGGAGACAAGACUGAACUUUAUGGACAUGUCCACAUGGGCUCAGGGGAUCCUUAUACCCCAGGCUUUCCCUCUUUCAACCACACUCAGUUUCCUCCUGUGGAGUCUUCAGGCCUACCCAGAAUCCUGGCGCAGACCAUCACACAGGACAUGGCAAUCAAAAUCCUCCGUCAACUCGAGGGUCAGAGAAUGCCAGACGAGUGGGAAGGUUACAGCAAGUUAGGAAACGAGAGUGACAUCAUCACUGUGGAGGUCAAGAACGUCCUUGCUGAGAAGAAGAUCCAUAAUGUGUUCGGCGUCAUCAAAGGAUUUGUCGAUUCAGACCGCUACGUGGUUAUUGGUGCCCAGAGGGACGCAUGGGGUCCAGGCUUUGCAGCGUCAACUGUUGGCACCGCCGUCCUGGUUGAACUGGCGCGCUCCAUCGCAGAUAUGGUGAAGAACGAUGGGUUUAAGCCGAGGAGGAGCAUUGUGUUUGCUAGCUGGAGUGCUGGAGAAUACGGAAGUGUUGGCGCCACCGAGUGGUUAGAGGGAUAUUUGUCUUCUCUGAGCACAAAAGCCGUCUCUUACAUCAACCUGGAUGGCAUUGUAACAGGUCAAAAAGGAUUUAAAGUAGCAGCUAGUCCCUUAUUGCACACCUUGAUUCAAAAGACUCUAGAAGAGGUUAAAAACAAAGAUCUGACUCUUUUGAACCAAUUUGCAAAGAGCGACUGGGAGUCAAAUAUUCUGGAGCCAAUGGAACCGGAUAACGCUGCAUAUUCUUUCCUUGCCUUCUCUGGAAUUCCCUCAAUAUCGUUUAGAUUCUCCACUGAAAAUUCAGGCUACAAGUUCUUUGGCACACUGCAGGACACCUCCGACAACCUGAACAUCGCCACAUCCAGCCAGGUUCCUCAGCUGGCUGAGGCAGCGGGCCGCUUUGCUGGCCAUAUAGCUCUGAGGCUGGUCCACGACCAUCUGCUGCAGAUGGAUGUGAUGAAGUACUACAAGGUCAUACGUUCUCAUGUGGCCAAGAUCAAUGGAAAAGUCAGGGAAGUUCAGCGGGUAAAACCAGAGCUGUUGCCCAAAGCCCUGACGGUGAAGUGGCUGAUCUCCGCUACGGGUUCAUACAGCCGUGCCGCUCACAACCUGCUGACUGACAUCCAGAACAGUGACCUGGAGGACAUCGAAAUGUGUCGACUCAUCAACGACCGAAUCAUGACGGUGGAACGGAACUUGCUGUCCCACUACGUUUCCCCCAGAGAGAGCCCGUUCCGCCACAUCCUGGUCGGCUCGGGCCCCCACACUCUUAAAGCUCUCCUCAAACACCUCGACGAUCUGAAGUACGACAACCCCGACGCGGAUGCUGACCUGUUCCGCAACCAGUUCGCCCUAGCUACCUGGACCGUCCAGGGCUGCGCCAACUCCUUAGCGGGGGACAUCUGGUCUCUGGAUAAUGAAAUCUAACCUGCAUUUGCACAAUCU